AUGUCAGACGACACACAGGAUGAAACCACAAAUACACCUACCGCGAGCGGUGCCGUCCCUCCCAAAAAAUACCCCAAAGCUGCCGCUCCUGCAACUCCUUCGCCUCCUUCACCUCCACCACCAAAUCUCUCCAAUCCACCCCCUCCCCCACCCCCCAACCGACUGCCCCCCGACGUCGAAGCCCUCGGCCGCGCCUCCUGGACCUUCCUACACACGCUCUCCGCCUCCUACCCCAGCACCCCCACCCCCACCGACCGCACCAACAUCUCCACCUUCAUGAGCCUCUUCUCCCAACUCUACCCCUGCUGGACCUGCGCCUCCGAUUUCCAAACCUACAUGGCCGAGAACAAGGUGCGCACGGAAAGUCGUGCCGAGUUUGGGAAGUGGAUGUGCGAGGCCCAUAAUGAUGUGAAUCGGAAGCUGGGGAAGAGAGAGUUUGAUUGCGAGCGCUGGGAGGAGAGGUGGAGGACGGGCUGGAGGGAUGGGAGAUGUGGGUAG